AAAAAAAAAAAAAAAUCUUAAACCCCUUUUGAAAAAUAAAAAUCUUAAACCCGAGAUUAUUUCUUGCCACUCUGAUGCUGCUACGCCACCACAGCAGCCGCCGCCGCCACGUCGGCGCCACCAGGCAAAUGGAAAUGGGCACCGACAAUUAUGAGAGCACGAUUAUACCAAAAGGAGCCGUUUACACCUCCAGUCUCCUGUAAACUUCAAAACGCUGCUGUAUCCGCAUCUCCAUACUCUUCUUCUUUGGCAGAGCUGCGUACAACGCCGGCGGAGGGAAUGCCUCUAUUAUUAGGUUCUAAUCCUUCCAUAUUUCUGAAUAAUCAUGAUAUUGGUUUUUGCACGUCGAUUUAGCCGAAGAAUUUCUUGCUGAUUAGGUCUGGAUUAAUGGCCGGAUUUUUGGUGAAAAGCUUUAGGGUUUCUGCAUUAUCUGUUUUGAGUAAUUCAGUAGGAAGUCGGUUAUCGUUAUCGACUCAAAUCCCCUCUGAAGAAACCACUGAUGAAAUCCUGAAUCAAAUACUUGCUGCUGAGGAGGACUCUCCUUCUUCUUCUAGGGAAGAACUUUGUGUAGGUUAUAUUAGGAAGCUAUGUGCUGCUGGAGAUUUCAUGGUAGCAGCUAGGAUCCCACGAUUUUUACGCAAUAAGCAUAUUUUUGUUGGGCCUCGCGUGUAUAGUUACAUUCUAGAAGCUGCAGAGAGAAAGAAUGAUAUUGAUAUGCUCACCCAUGUUUUCAAGGAUCUUCUGGUUUCUUGUGAGUCUGUAGGAUCGGAUUCGUAUCUUGUUGUUGCUAGAGGUUUUGGAAAGCAAAAUAGUCGUGGUAUGUUAUUGAAUUUUAUCAGAGAAGUAUGUGAAAUGGAUUUACCAAGGAUUGAUAUAGUUUUGAACAGGAUUAUUUAUGCCUUGGGUAAAUGUGGGAAUCCUGAUGGUGCCCUGUUAGUUUUUGAAGAUAUGAAGAGUUCGGGAUGUAGACCAGACUUGAUUACAUAUAAUACAGUUUUGGCAAUUUUGGGUCGUUUAGGGCGAGUUGAUGACAUGCUGCGUGUGUUUGCUUCUAUGAGAGCAGUUGGUCUUGCUCCAGAUAUUUUCACGUAUAAUACCAUAUUAAACAGCUUGCGCAAGAUGGGAAGGUUGGAUUUGUGUAUGGUGCAUUUCAGGGAGAUGACUGAGAGAGGAAUUCUACCAGAUCUUCUGACUUUCAAAGCUUUGAUUGAGAGCUUAGGCAGAUCAGGGAACAUUGAUGAAGCCCUGAAAAUAUUCGAGGAGAUGAAAUAUCGGCAAAUCCGUCCUUUAAUUCCUAUAUACCGUGCACUGAUUUUUAGUUUGAAGAAGAUGGGAAAGAUGGAGUUGGCAUUAAAAUUCUCCAACGAGAUGAAUGAUCUCAUCAGAGGUUCUGUUGUUCCGAGAGGAUCCUGAUAUAGAACAAAUUAUUUGACUUGAGCACUUUUUGAUCAAGUCGAGAUAAAUUUGCUAUCUUGCCUCAUCAUUCUGCAUCCCCAGAGAACAUCCUCAGGUAACAGAAUGAAUGAUGAUAUUUAUUUGAAUCUAUAGGUUGGGAUAUUAAAGCUGCUUUUAUUUUCUCUAGUGGAGUUUGACUCUUGAGAAUAAUCUGCAGCUGAGGCAAGUUCAACGAAGGGAAGUGCUCAGGCGAAACAUAAAUGGCUUUCUCUGGUCUGGAUUUAUUUGUGGAUUCAUGGAUUUUACAUCACGUGCACUUUGCUAGAAACGUUUUCAAGUUCCCUCCCUGCAUGCUUUGCCAGAAAACAAUAUAUUGAUGGGAAUUUCUCUGGAUCACACAUUGCUUUGAAUAUUAGAUCCAACAAUGCCAAUUCUAAAUUUUGCAGUCUGCUCAUGUUGUUUAUCAUUUUGGAUACAUCUCAUAUUUCUUGUCGUAGACUUAGAAUACAGAAAUUAUACACCAAUGCAGCUUGUGUACCCUUGUUUGAGUUCAUUUAUUAUAUAGCUUCACUUUUGGCGGAGCUAAUCUGUGAUUAUUUGAUUCAGUUUUUGCUUCUUAAUACAAUUUUUUCAUUCCUUGCUUUUAUAAA